ACCACCAUGCGACUGCUGCUUCCACUAACGGUAGUGCUGGUAGUGCUUUGCCUAUCACCCCAGCGCCUCACUGCACAAGAUCUCGAGGACAAUGAUUUUGCCGAGUUCGAAGACUUUGAUGACGAUGAGUUUGUAAUGGGAGAAACACAUCAGACUGGGCAACAGGCACAUGGACAGGCAGCUCAGGGAGAAGGACGGCAAGGAAACGAAGCGGAAAAGAUAAAUUUGAAGAUGAAGUCCGCUUCGCAAGACAGUGAAGACUUCAUGGAGAUUGAUGACGAUCAGGCAGACGAGGACGGUAUCGUGGAGGACGAGGACAGUGAAUUUGAGCAUUUCCAAGAUGAGGAAGAGUUUGAGGGUUUUACCAGUACGAUCAUCGGUGAUCAGGAGGAGUUGCGCCAGGGGGAGCCGGUCGGAAAGCAUGCGGAACCGAAGCUAACGAUUCCGAAAGUGCCAAUACAUUUCCGCACCCACUGGGAUUCGUACUGGAUGGAAAUGCUCAUGCUAGCCGGUUUAAUGGCGUACUUCGCCAACUAUCUGGUUGGCAAUAAGAAGAACUCAGCCAUCGCAAACCAGUGGCUAUCGAUACAUCGCACACUGCUGGAGGACAACUUUGCGCUCGUUGGUGACGAUGGCAAAAAGGAAACGGAAGGAUCGACCUUUAGCUUUAACAAGGAAAGCGAAAGUGUCUACACCCUAUGGUGCAGCGGACGGACCUGUUGCGAAGGAAUGUUGGUGGAGUUGAAGAUGAUCAAACGGCAGGACUUGGUGUCGCUGAUCGCUGGCAUAAUGAAGCCGGUACAGGAUCAGCUGCAUAUCAAGGUGGAACUGUCGGCGGACUCGAUGGAUAACUUUGUGUUUUGUGUGGCCAGUCGUAAGCAAGCUACAAAGAUGUUCAAAGAGCUCAACGAUUUGAACAAAUUCUGUUGUCUAGUCAACAAGGCCGAGGAUAAGUACAACAUUCCCGGUUUUGCGUUGUUAUCGGAGAUUGCCGAGGUGUCGGCCAGUAUAUUAGAUGGUAGAGUAGUAGCAGCUUUAAAUAAGUACUCGCACCUGAUCGACUACAUUCACCUAUCGGAUCAGUACAGUGGUCCGAUUCAGCAGGAAGAUCCGAACCAGCUGAAGCGCCCGGACGUGCGCCGUAUUCUGCACUGCGGAUUUAAUGUGCCCGUGAAGGGCGAUCUAGAAGAGAUGAAACCACUACUAAUACUCGUGUUUUAUUUGAUGGAUCGUGUGCGUCGUUUUAAACUGUCCAAGGAGGCAAAAUCAAAAUCGGACAAAAAUCGUGCUGCCGUCGAGGAAGAGUUUAUGAAGAGCACUCACCAGGCCCGCGCCGAAGCGGCCGCAUUGCGUCGCGAAGAAAAGCGUAAGGCGGAGAAGGAGAAAAUCUUAGCCGAAGAAGAUCCGGAAAAGCAACGGCGCUGGGAAAAGAAGGAGCAGAAACGCCAACUGAAGAAGCAAGCACCUAAAAUGAAGCAGCUUUCCAUUAAGGCCCUGUAAACCGGGGUCCAAA